AAUGCCCCUGCUCCAGUGUUCAGGCUUCUCCCAUUCCCUUGUCCUUGCACUUUAUCCACUGGCUUGGUGCCUAUUGAACCAGACAACUGCGCCCCUCCUUCACGGUUAGCCUGUCUCUCGCCCAGCGUUCCACUCUUUUCCUUUCUCUGUCCUCUGUCCACCACCACCUGCGCCCGUCAAGUCGUCUUCGCCUUCUUUCAUCUCCCUCACCCGAGCCAAACACACGCACAUUCCUUUCAACCAGAAUACUCGACGACUUUGAACACAUCGCCAUCGAGGCAACGAUACUAUCGCCAUUCCUUCCGACGACAAUAACGUCUCAUCUAUUUCCUCGUUCUCGCACUCGCUUGCCGGUAUUCCCUUGGCCGUUUUCAGGGGUGUUUGUGUCACCUCUGAAACAGCUCGCAUUCUUGGAAGAGGAAGCGGUCUCGACUCUCCCAACUUCAUCCACUACAAUCCUCUCCAUACUCAUAGCAAUCACGAGUUUCCCCGUUGUCGUUAACUGCGGUGAAAGUCCACAAAAGAGCAGGGAAGAAGCAGCGCAGGUCGCUGCUGCAAACUCACAAAGGGAUCAUCGAGCUGUGUCCAUUGUGUAAAGGUGCACUUGCGAGCACCGCCUUUCCUCCGGCUUUGGCAACAUCUGGUUCAAUCUCACCAACAUCUAUUCCUCCCGCCAUAUCACAAUCGACCUUAUAUGAGAGUUGUGUCGCACAGUACCGUGGUGGCGCGCUUUGUCUAUACGUUUGACUCUGUUACGAACUUUGCCAGUCGCUCUUAGCAAUAACAACACAAUAUCGAAACAAUGACACGAUCACUACUUUCAGCCGUCGUGCUCACUUGGGCAUUUGCGCUUCUCGCCUCUCCAGUAACAGCUCAAUCUACCACCGAGGCAGCAGCCGGACCUAUCCAAACAUUAGCCUGCUACGAACUUCACAACCCUAGUUAUCUGGAAGACCAAGGGGCCAACACUUUUCAGUCGUCUGGUUAUUGCCAAACAGUAUGCGUGGCUGCAAACAAACCAGUCAUGGCUACUACAGGAGGCUCAAAUUGCUACUGCGGUGAUGAACUCCCGCCCACGAGUGCCAAGGUGGACAAUAGCAGUUGCAACUCGCCCUGCCAAGGUUUCAACCAGCAAACUUGCGGUGGUAUUGGGGGUUUCUUCCAGCUCUACCUCUCCGGAUUGACUGGUGAUGUCCAGAUUGCGCCCGACAGCAGCAGCUCAGCAUCACCGACUGCAACCCAAGGUGCUGGGAGGUCUACUUCUACAGAAGCCGCAAUAGUCACCAAGACAGUUGCACCAACCCCGGCCCCUGCAAGCUCCAGCGCUGCGAGUUCCAAAUCAUCCGGCGGCCCAAACAAAGUGGGCAUUGCUGUAGGAGUGGUCGUCGGUGUCAUCGCUUUGGCUGCCAUCAUCGGCUUGAUUGUGUUUUUCGUGAAACGCAGGAGGAACAGAGAGAUCGAAGAAGAGCAUCGCCGCAAUGCUGCAAUUGGAACAGCAAAAUCCGACAAGUCGUCUGUGGCUGACCAACGGCUUGACCCGUCGAUCUAUUCCCAUGGUCGACAAAGCAUUGGCAGCAUUGCUGACGAGCGAGAUUUCUCCAGGAGGAUAUUGCAGGUGCGGAAUCCGGAUCGAGACUCAAGAACAUCAAACCUAGCAUAAGGUUCAUGCCAUUCGUACAGACAUGCUACACCAUGGCUUGCGGUUGGACCCGACUUCGAUGACGAUCCCUUUCUAUUGUUGUGCUGUUGAACACUCGACAUGUCACCACAUCCUUUCAUGACCUCAGUUCCACGACCUGGUUUGCAACCUUACAUUGCCUCACAUGCACAACUACUACUCGCCUUUUCUCCAUUUCAGCAGUACACUUGAAAUGAUGACUAUCCUUACUAUCAACAGCCGGACACUCCUUAUUCAAUUCAUCUUGCUAUUAUGGUUGUUUUAGAUCAGUACACUCACGGUCCUUGUUUGUUGUAUUGUGGCAUAGCUAGGCGUUGGUGGUCCUGAUGGAUGUGGUUUGGAUUAUUAUUUGUCGGCGAGAAGUGGAAAGAAGGCAACCUGGAAAACAGCUGGUCCGAAGAUGAAGCUGACUAUCCCGCAUGCCCAGAUGUUAUGUCGUGAAAGAGAUGGACUCGAGACAUGCACAAAAUAUACUGAUACUCUACUAAUCAUCUGGUCUGGCACACGCUUGAAUGUUCCACAACGCUAUUAUAUUGGGGACGGAUCAGAACAAAACCAGGUCUCAGGGCAGAAGACAGGACGGUUUGGGGGAAGGAAUACUGGGGUUGAACAUGACGAGACAUAUGUCGACAUUUAGCGAGGUAGAUAGAUUAUCUUGUACUACUACUAUCAUCUAAACAUUCAUCAAAA